UUUUCUUUUUUUUUUUUGCCAAAAGGUGAUUUAAAAAAAUUUCGUUUCGUUUAUCGAAAAAUUAUUGUAGAAAAUGAAAAGUAAUCGUUAUUUAAUCAUUAGUUUGAAGUUUUUGAGCAUAUUUUAAUUCAUCCAUUACCGUCUCCAUCGUAUUAGCUUCACAAUGAGUGUAAAUACGUUGUACGAAAACUUGAAACGUCUACGAGAAAACGAACUGCAUUCCAACGUUGUAAUUCUGGCUGAUAUACUGCUGAGUGUUCACGACAACACGAAAGGAGUCAAUGAACCGGAGAUCAAAUUGAAUACGAUGACUUUCUACGGCGAAUCAGCCUACCACUUGGGAAAAUAUCGUAAAGCUGAGAAAAUGUUUAAUAAUGCUCUGCAGUAUAAAAAACACUUGAUGAAAUCUAAAGGAUUAUCGAAACAAAUCGAAGGACAGAAAGAUAUAUUACCGGACAGUGAAAUCAAGUAUAAAUUACAUUUAUGCUACGUCCGUUUGAAUAUGAACGAGCAAGCUAUAUCAACUCUGCAAUCAGUGGCAGCUAGACAGCGUACGGUGAAGAUUAAUAUGGCAUUAGCCAAACUAUACCAUCAAAGUGGAAUGGAACGAUCAGCGAUAACCGCUUAUAAAGAAGUCUUACGAGAAUGUCCUUUGGCAUUAGAAGCCACAGAAGGUUUAUUGAAAUUGGGUGUUAAAAGUACCGAAGUUAAUACUCUCGUAAUGAAUAGUCCGGAGUUAUCUUCUUUCGAAUGGUUGAAUUUAUGGACAAAAGCUCACGCUCACUCGCAAACAUACGAUUAUCCAACCGCAAUUGCAGCUUUCCGUCAGCUUGUCGAUGAAAAUUCACCAUUACGCUUUAAUCCUGUGAUGAUGGUUGCUUUGGGAGAAAUUUAUUACUAUUCUGGCGACGUAACGAAUGCUAAAAUGACCUUACAGCAGGCAUUCUAUAUAGAUCCUACUUGUCAUCGAGGAUACGGUAUAAUGGCUACCAUAUAUUUAUCUGAACGUGCUGCUGGCGAUUUAGAGAAAAUGAUGCCUUUGAAUUGGCAUUUUUCCGAAGACGGUGAUUCUGAAAUGUGGACAGCUCUCGCGUGUCUAUUAUAUUCUAAUAAUUCUCUGAAUACCGCUGCUUAUUUCGCUCAGAGAGCCUGUUUGCUGAAUCCUAAAAAUGUCGAAGCUUUAGUCGUCAAAGGAUGUAUAUUGUACGAUAUGAAGAAGUAUCAAAAUGCUAUUGUUCAUUUUAGAGAAGCUUACGAAAUCGCUCCGUGUAGGUACGAGCCUCAUAAAGGUUUGGUUGAUUGUUAUCUGGCUCAAAAUCGUACGAAGGAUGCAUUAACCAUAGCUAGUAAUUGUUGUAAAGCUGAUAACAACUCACCUAGAGCGUUAACGUUGUAUGCUUUAGUAUUGAUGAAAGACCCUGUAAAUAAUAGCAAAGCGAAAUCGUUACUAGAAAAAGCCCUUGAUCAGAACGAUACAUAUCUGCCCGCUGUUUAUUUAUUAGCUCAAGUCUACGAAGAAGAAACUUCAUUAGAACCUGCAAUAAACCUGCUGCAAAAACAAGUCAACAGGAAUCCUACCGCUAAAUUACAUCAAAUGCUCGGUGAUCUUUACGCAAGAUCUAGCGACGACGAGAAAGCAUUCUAUCAUUAUCAUACGGCUUUGAGAUUAGAGCCAAAUAAUCACAAAGCGAACGACGGUCUGAAUAGAUUAGAGCAUAAUAAUGGUAACGGAGAUACAUCUGCUCCUCCUCGUGUUGGUCUUCAGUAUUUGAAUAGUUCGUCGGAUACAGAAGGCGGAGAAAAUGAGAAUACUUACGAAAUAGCUGCGUCCGAUUCCGAGCAUUAUAUGUCGGAUGAUUAAGUUUGUUAAUCGAAUGAAUGAGUUUUUCUCUUUGUGUUGUUAUUCGUUUAUCGUUGUCGUUGAAUUGAAUAGUGUUUUCUUUCUUCUUUUUUUUACCAGUUGUAGCUUGUGACUGAACUUUCUCGCCCUUUCAGGCAUUUAUAUAUUAAUUUUGUAUUUUUGUGUUUAUAUUUACUUAUUAAUCGUGCGUUAGGUAAAUUGGCGUGGCAAUAUUUUAAUAUCGUUUGAAAAUCGAUUGUCGGUAGAUUCGACGAAAAUUUGGUACCAGUCGAUAAAUGUAAUCAUUGGAUAGAUUGGAUGUAUUUUUUUUUUGUUUUUAAAUAUGGCGAACUUUUGUGUUCAAUUGAUUUAAUACAAUAUUAUAAUCGUACUGAAAACUAUCAA